GAUAACCUUCACUUCCCAUAAUUGUCGCUAACUCUCGCUCUUCUUUAUAGAUCAUUCUUGGUUGAUUCUCAUGGAUCCACCAUUCAACGAGAUGUACAAUACCCUUUUAUGUAAACAGAUCACAAACACAGAAAACAAUGUCCCCGAAGUACCCUUUAGCUUCUCUGUCACGGCUGUAGUCGAAGAGGUGGAGCUUCCAGUUAUAGACGUCAGCCUUCUUAUGUAUGGAACCGAGAAGGAGAGGGACAAGUGUAAGGAAGAUAUUGCUAGAGCUUCGAGGGAGUGGGGAUUUUUCCAAGUGAUAAACCAUGGAAUAUCAAUGGAUGUCUUGGAGAAGAUGAGACAAGAACAAAUUAGGGUUUUUAGAGAACCCUUUGACAAGAAAAGCACGUCGGAGAAGUUCUCCGCCGGGAGUUACCGGUGGGGAACUCCGUCAGCCACUUGUCUCCGGCAACUUUCUUGGUCGGAAGCAUUUCAUGUUCCUAUGACAGAUAUUUCUGACAACAAGGACUUCAGUACCCUCAGCAAUGGAGAAAUUUGCUUCGGAAUCGGAGGCUUUAGCAUAUAUGUUGGCAGAGAUACUUGCAGAGAAGUCAGGACGAAGAUCAAAUUUCUUCAAAGAAAACUGUGUGAGAAACACAUGUUAUAUAAGGAUGAAUCAUUAUCCACCAUGUCCGAAACCAUCAGAGGUGUACGGUUUAAUGCCACACACAGACAGUGAUUUCCUCACAAUUUUGCACCAAGACCAAGUCGGAGGACUCCAACUCAUCAAAGACAAUAGAUGGAUCUCCGUUAAACCUAACCCUCGUGCUCUCAUUAUCAAUAUUGGUGACUUAUUUCAGGCAUGGAGCAAUGGCACAUACAAAAGCGUUGAACAUCGUGUGAUGACGAAUCCAACAGUGGAGAGAUUCUCAACGGCAUAUUUCCUGUGUCCAUCGUAUGACGCCAUUAUAGAGUGUUCGGGUGAUUGUCCAGCUUAUAAAAAUUUCAGUUUCAGAGAAUUCAGACAACAAGUACAAGAAGAUGUUAAGAAGCUUGGUUAUAAAGUUGGCCUUCCUAGAUUCAUUAAUCAUGUAUACUAAUUUAUAUUUGAUUUACUUAAAAAUUGUAAUUUUUAACAAUAUUGUUUUGUGUUUUUUCUUCUUCUAUAUUUGUCUUGUUAUUUUUCUUGAUAAAUAUCCCAAAAAUAUUAUUUAAGAAUUGAUUUGCUUAUAAGACAUUACCAUACUCAUUCUUUAGAAAAUAAGUAUGACAUAACUUAUUAAAAAUGUAACAGUUCAUUCUCU